CGUCGCGUGCGUCUCUCUUUCUUUGGCCUCUUACUCACUAUCCGGCUAUGCCCUUUUGGCUUCCCUCUUCUUUAGGAGCGGUUGCUUAUUCUGUCCAACUUCGACUAUCGAGCGGGAGCACCGACUACUGCCACGUGCACCCUGGUGGAGCCAUGCGCUGCCAGCUUGGAUCAGCGGCAGGCACCUGCGCCAAUGAGUCGUGCACGAGCAGUGUGAGAGCCCCUGCAGCUGUCAAAUCUGGUUGGCUCUUCCUCUGAGCUGGAACUCGCGACGCUGCAACGGCUCGUGAGCAUCUGGAAGUAGCCAGAGAGAGAUCGAAGUAAUGAGAGGGAGCGCCCUCUCUCUCAGGAAUGAGGUAGUUCGUUCAUGGCUGAUGGCUUCUUAUUACUAGAGUUUCCAAGACUACGUCUUCUUUUUUUUGUGUGUGUGUGUGUGAAAAUGUAAUUUCGGCUGAUUGCUUAGCUGGCAGUUAGCUCUGCGUUCGCACUUAUGAUCUCACCCUCUUUCGCAAACCGGGAGAAAGCUCACUUCAGGGAAUCACACGAGGGGGUGACACGAGGCAGUGGCACGUGGCGGCGAUAAGUGGCGUCUCUUGCGCACCUGCUAGCUGCAUCUCCUCCGCUUCUCGCAUCUGAUCUGGACGGAUGCCUGUUCUAUAAUUGUCUGCCACUGCACGUAGAUCGACGAGGUCGAGAGACUGACGAAAGACAGGCAUCUGUCCUUUUCUUGUGUCGUUCUCCGUCUUUUUUCCCCCAUUGCUGCAACCAGUAGGCUAGGAAUGAUGAGGACGAUAGUGAUGGUGGUGGCUAUGGUGAUCUUUCUCUGCGGCAGAAGCAGGGACGGCCCCGUGUCACUUGUGUCCGCUGAACCCCUCGGAACGCCAAAUCUCCGCAACUGCACUCCGAGCGGCCAUGAAUGCUGCCUUCGGUCUUCCACCCCGUCCCCUUUCAUCAAGUCGAACUUUUCCACCCCGCGCAUACGCCCCGCACUCCAGACCGUCCUCCAAAAUGCAACGUACCUCGCCAAACUCAAUGCUGCAUACGCCGAGCUUCGCAGACUAGAGCGCGACGCUCCCAACGACCCUCGAGGUCUCGGACACCAGCGCAGACUUCACUGCGCCUUUUGUUCUAACCCAUCGCUCUAUGGCAACAAAUACAAGGUGCACGGCAGCUGGUUCUUCCUUCCCUGGCACCGAAUGCUCCUUUACUACCACGAGCGUAUUCUUGCCUCGGUGAUAAACGAUACCUCUUUUGCCCUUCCCUUUUGGAAUUGGGACAACGAUACUCACAAGGCCUUCCCCGCUCCCUAUGCCAACACCAACUCCGCUCUCUACGCAGCAGGUCGAAAUGCAGCACGUGACAUCCUAGCCGGUCUUCAAAGGAACAUCCCAGCAGACCGAUUCUUCGAUACUUUCGCCGACGUGACGGACUUGGAUCAGCUUAUGGGGACGGCGAGUAGCAAUGGAAAUUUUGAGACUACUGGACAUAAUGGAGUCCACAGUUUCGUUGGAGGGGACAUGAAUGAUCUAGCCCGGGCGGCUUACGAUCCUGUGUUCUAUGCUCAUCAUGCCAACGUGGACAGGAUGUGGUCCGUGUGGAGGCAGUUGCGGGGCAGAGGUGAUCCCAAGUCACCGGAUUUUCUCAACUCAAGUUUCGUCUUUUACGACGAGAACCGCAUCGCAAGGAUCAUCAACGUGUCAGACGUCCUCGAUCACAGGACCAAUCUAAGGUAUGUCUAUGCGGAUGUGCCCAACAGUUGGACCACGUCGCGAAUUCCGGCCAGUCGUACAGUUGCACGCAAUGACGUGCCGGGAGGGCCGCCGCUGAGAGUUCCUCAAACUUUCCGAGCCCCGGCGACUGUCUCCGCUGAGGACCCCAACGUCGCUACUGCAUUCAUGCAGUCUCCCGACACUACUCCCCGGCGUGGGGCGAUACCGGAACUGACCCUGCGCAACGUUGCUCACAAAGGGGAGGAGCCCUUGGCGCUAUACGUGUUCAUCAACCAGCCUAAUGCCGGCGCUAACACUCAAAGGGCGGGCAAUCCCAGAUAUCUCGGAGCUCGUUUCCUCGUGGCGGGAGGCAUGAGUAUGCCAGUCUCCUUCACAUACCCAAUCCGCAUAUGUCUAGAAGUUCUCAAUCUGUCGUUGAGCAGGAAUUUCACCGUUCAGGUGGUGCGAGGAGAGGAAGUUGGGCUGCGGAGGCCGGCGUUGUCUAUCCAGUCCAUAGAUUACGUCCAUGAGCCACAGGCGUAGAGGCUGCUUCAUACCUCCUCCGAAAAACAAGAUGACUCUCUCUCUCUCUCUCUCUCUCUCUCUCUCUCUCUCUCUCUCUCUCUCUCUCUCUCUCUCUCUCUUUUCAUCCUUAGGAGAGUUUGCUGCGAGCGAAAAUUUACAGUUUUCGUUGUAGUCGUUCUACUCAUCCUCACGGUGUCGGCCUUAGGAAACGUACGGGCCACGAUUUUAGGAAACGUAUGGGCCACUACAGGAGCGGCCAAAUUCAUCCCACCAGAAACGUUCUACUCUAUUUUUUCCCCCGGCCUAUAGCUGGGCCAAGUACUGGUGUUCUAAGCUGAAAAGGACG